AUAAUAAUGAUUGUAAAACGUCCCAAAUAAUUCUUUUAGUUUAGUUUAAUGUAAAUAAAGCAUAGUGACAAAUUGAAAUCGAUUUUUCUCUAAAAAGAAAAAUUUUAAUGAAAAAAAAGUAUUAAAAAAUUUAAUGUAAAAAAAAGAAGUUUGUGUUUAAAACAAUUAAAAUUAAAAAUGUUCAUUGCUUUGGCAAUUUUUGUUUGUUAGAAUUAAUAAUUUUUCAGAAACAAGUUUAAAUAUAACAAUAAAAAACAAUGAAGACGAAACUAAUAGGAUUAACUUAUAGAGGUGAGGCCUCAGUGGAUCCAAGAUUUUCAGCUGCUAUGUUACCUUGGACUAUUAGUGAUAUACGUUCAAUGGAAGUACACAAAAAGCUAUCAGUUGGAAUUGAAAAUGGUCAAUUAGAAGCAUAUAAUGCUGAUUUUGAAUUACAAUUAAAUCAUCAUUUAAAAUUUGUUGUUGGAGUAUGUCGUAUAAAUUUUCAUAAAAAUUGUCGUAAUACUGGUAAUUACAUUCAUCUAAAAACAAUAUCACAUUCUAAUAAAAGUGAUAGUGGUGGCGCUGGUAAUAAUAAUAACAUUUGUGGUAGUAAUUUUAUGGAAUUUAAUGGACCAAUGAAUGCAAUGGUUUAUUUAAUAAAAGAUCCUAGAGAUCCUUUAUUACAUGUUUAUCUAUAUGAGAGUGAUUCUAUUGAAGAGAUGACUGAGUUGAUGCAUCAAAUGCGCGAUCCUGUGCAUAAUUUAGGUGGUUCAGUUGGUAACAUUCCCCAGUCAUUUGUUCCAACUUCCGGUAGUGAUCAAUCAUUACAACGUACUUUAAAACAUUCUGGAAGUGGAAGUUUGCAUUCAACACCAGGUUCUAAUUUGAAAUUAUCAGAAGCAUGCCGAAAUGCACAACAUGAUGCUAGUCCAAAUUUAAUAUCAUCAAAAAUGUCAGCUUCAAAAAGUUAUACUCAUGGACUGAGUAAUUCAGCUGGAACGGUGAACAUUCCACAAGCAGGUUCAGUAACUUCAAAUUUAUCUCUAUUAAGUGAUAUAUCACCAAAUCACACACAUUUUUUUGAAGUUCUAUAUGUUGGAAAAAUUCGUGUGUCACAUAAACGAGUACCACAUACAUUUAUAGACGAUGCAAUACCCAAAUUUAAAGCGUACGAUGCUCAAAGAACUCGUCUCUUACAAUUAAAUGCAGCAGCCACAAAAACUCGUUCAACAUCUAUGACUAGUGAAUCGGAAUCUUACGAAAAUAUUGCAGCAUGUUCAAAGGAUGAUAAAAUUAAUAAUGACGAUACUGAUGAACAAGAAGAAAAUAAAUUGAGUGAUGAAAAAAAUGAAGAACAAUGUGAGAUAAAUAAAGAGAAAGACAGCGAUGUAAAAAUUUCAGAUAUAAGCGAAAAUCAAAACGAUCUUACCACUAAAACAAAUGAUAAUGGAAAAAUUGAUUCUGAUGAAGAAAGAAAAUUGUCAGCAGUUGAACACAAUAAAGAGAAUAAAUCACCAAAGAAAUUAGUUAGAGGACAAAGCCAAAUAGUUUUACCAGUUAAAAAAGAAAGUAUGGGUGUUAUUAAAGAAAAAAAUAAUAAUAGCGAUCAAAUUAAUGACGAUGACAGUAGUAACAAUAAUAAUAAUAAUAAUAAUAAUAAAACGGUGUCAUCGGCUCAAACUCAGUUUUUCACGCCCUCAAUAAAUAUUGAAUUUGUACCAAAGCAAAGAGAUCGCUCUGCGUCAUAUGGUUGUAUACCGCCAUACGUUGAACAAAAUCGCACCAUGGUUUUCCUUGUUGGACGAUCAGAUCUACGUUUGAUAUCACCAGAUCGAAAACAAGUUUUGUUGUAUAAGGAUUUUAAAGAUGUGGCAAGCUGUGCGCAGGGGCAUAAAAAUUCUGAUCAUUUUGGUAUUAUAUGUCGGGAAGGACACAAUACUGAGGGCUAUAUUGGUUAUGUUUUUAAAUGUCAAUCUGAACAUGUUUGUGAUGACAUUGUGUCAGCAAUUUCUCAAGCUUUCAUCACAUGUUCUGAACAAAAAAACAAAGAAAAAAGCCAAAUAUUCUCGUGCGAACAUUGCCCUAUGCUUUGGUAUCACAAGUUAUGCACAGAUAUCGAAGGUUUAUCUGACAAAAAAACGCAAGCUAUGAUUUUCCGGCGAAUUGAAACUUUGAGUGAUGAUGAACAAGAUAUUAUAUGGGCAAAGUACUAUGGAGCAGAAAAAAUAAAUAGUAAUAGUUUAGCAGAACAAAACCAAUUUUUAAUGAUGCUCCUAAGAGCACAUUGCGAGUCAAGACAGCAAAGACAUGUGCAUGAUACAGCAGAAAAUCGGUCUGAAUUUUUAAAUCAAUAUUUAGGUGGAAGUACAAUAUUUAUGAAAGCAAAAAGAUCCUUAACGAACUCGUUUGACCAUUUAUUGAAGAGAAAAAGUAGCAGAGAUGACUAUGCAAGCACUGCGAAAGAUGCACCAAGCAAAGAAGUUCAAAAUAACGAAAGUAAUGAUAAUGAAAAUGGUGGCGGUUUUCGUUCGAGAAGUAAUACUUGGAAUUCUAGUCAAAACAAUACUGCCAAGCCAGCUGCAGAGCAAUUGAAAUCGCCAAUGAUGGAUAUAUUUAUGAAAGUUGGAAAUAGUCCAAAAGAUGAUCCUACUGCACAAGGUUCUUGGAGACAAGCUAUUUUGAACAGCGUUGUAACGCCAUCAAAAGGAUUGGAACAGCUGGAUGAAGGUGACUUUAUGUCGCCUUUGCGCAUUCAGCAACAAAAAACUGGAAAAAGAACACGGGAAGAGCUCCGUGAACUUUGGAAAACUGCAAUUAGACAAACAAUAUUACUUUCUCGAAUGGAGAAAGAAAAUGCAAUGCUGCAAGCUAGACAGAAUGAAAAUGAAAUAAAAAAAAUUAAAUUGGACUAUGAUGAGAUUUGUCAGAGCGACAAGCAAUUAAUUGAACGAUGGGAACUUAUAAUAGGAUCUGAUUCUCCUAAAAAGGCUAAUAAGAAAGAUCCGAAAAUUUUGCUCGGUGCUAUUAAAAAUGGGGUGCCUAGAUCUAAGAGGGGAGAUAUAUGGACAUUUUUAGCAGAGCAGCAUUCUAUGAAUACAGCCCCAGUUGAUACCAAAAAGUUUCCAAACUUUAAUACUCCGUACUAUACGUUAUUAAAAAAUCUUACAGAGCAUCAGCAUGCAAUUUUCAUUGAUUUGGGUAGAACAUUUCCCAAUCAUAAGUAUUAUAAGGACCCUUUAGGAGUCGGUCAAUUAUCCUUAUUUAAUCUAUUGAAAGCCUAUUCUAUUUUAGAUCCAGAAUUAGGCUAUUGCCAGGGUUUGGGAUUCAUUUGCGGCAUUUUAUUGUUACAUUGUAAUGAGGAAAUGGCUUUUCAAUUGCUAAAACAUUUGAUGUUUCGGCGUAAAAUGCGUGAAAGAUACUUGCCAGACAUGAAAAAGUUCCAAUUGCAAUUGUAUCAACUCUCACGCUUAGUUAAAGAUCAGUUACCAGAUUUAUAUGAAUGGUUAGAUCGCAACGAUGUUUCACCAACUCUAUACGCAGCACCAUGGCUUCUUACAGUUUUUAGUUCUCAAUUUCCAUUGGGUUUUGUUGCCAGAAUAUUUGAUUUAUUGUUUUUAGAAUCUCCUGAAGUCAUAUUUAAAGCAGCUAUUGCUUUAUUAACUGUUCAUAAAGAAGAAAUUUUGGCUAGAGAUAAUUUUGAAGAAAUUAUGGAUUAUUUGAAAACAGUUGUUCCAAAAAUUGAUGAAAACUAUAUGAAUCAAAUAAUGAAAGUGGUGUUUUCAAUGGAAAUCAGCAAAAGUUUAACUGAAUACCAAGUCGAAUAUAAUGUUUUACAAGAGGAAAUACAAUCAUCAAAUCAUCACUUAGAUAUGCUUAAAAAGGAAAAAGAAAAUAAUCACCAUUUGGAAACUCAGCUUCAAUUCGCUCAAUCAAGUAUUGCUCAAUUAGAAAAAACACGCGCUUCGCAACAAUCACAAAUAACUUCCUUACAAUCACAAGUACAAAGCUUAGAAUUAACUAUUCAAACUUUAGGACGCUAUGUAGCACAAUUAGUUGAACGAAAUAGUGAUUUAGAUUUACCUAGUGAUAUCCGCCGUAUUAUACAGCAAUUAGACGACAUAGAAAAACAACGUCGUAAACCGAUAUUUAUUGAACGUAAAAUUGGAAAAUCAGUUUCAAUGAAUUCUAAUCUUGGAUACCCAUUAAAAGUUUUAGAAGAGUUAAAUGAAUCAGAUACUAUACAAUCUUCACCUAUCAAAAAAAAGCCAUCAUUUUUCGGAAACACUUAUGAACAUAUAAGACAGCAGCAGAAGCUAAAUCAACGACCGAAUCGUUUGAUCGACACAUCGCCAUCCUCUUCGAUUGCUUCACCAAUUUCUGAAGCAGUAAAAGGGAUGUGUCCGAUUGAAAUAACAACAAAUUCCUUGGCAGAAGAAGAAAAAUCGGAAGAUUUGAAACUUGUUUCUGAAUUAAAAACCGAAUUGAGUUUAAACGAUAAACCGAAAAUGAAAUCUAUUGAUAUAGGUGAAAUAAUUAGUCCGCUUGAAAUUGAUAGUGGUAUGGGUACACCGAUGAGCCCACCGUCAGUUGGAACUGAUAAUACACAGAUUAAUAUUCAAUCACAAAAUAAUGAUAUAUUAAAUAAUGAUUUCAUAAAUAUGACAGCACGAAAUUCGAUAACAUCAAUAAAAUCUCUUGAAGUUGUUGGAUCAUCAAAUGAUCCAAUUGAUAUUAAUUUAAAAAGCAAAUUCGAAUCAAAUGAUAUAAUAACAAUACCAACAGAACUGGUGCCAGUAAAAGCACAAGAAACUAUUGUUGAAAAUAGUGUGCAUCCAUUAAGUGCAUGUGAUAUUAAUGUUAGAUUUAAUGGUACAACACAGUUAAAGUCAAUUCGACCAGUUCAUUACACAAGAAAACCGGCAACUUCAGAUACGAUCUCAAAUGUUAUAGGUACAAAACAAAGUUAACAAAAAAGUUAAAUAAAUUUUCGUUGAUUUUUAAGGAUAUAAUUAAAAAUUUACUUUAUAUAGAAGACGCUUAAAAUUUUUUUUUCGAUAUACAAGUAAUAGUAGAUUGGAUAUAUUCUUAAAUGCGGUAAAUUACAUUAUUUAAAUUAUUGAAAAAUAGCAAAAAUAAAUAGCUUCAAUAUUUAAAAAUACAAAUUCCAACUUAGAACAAAACAAAAAAUUAGAAAAAAAAAGAAAAAACAAGAAUAAAAAAAUUAUUUAACUUCUCUAAAUAUACAUAAAUGUGUACGUUUGAUUGCCGUCUAAUAACAAAAGAUUUAUAUAAUAAAAUUUUUAGGAUAAACUGAAAAUUUAUUGGAUAAUUUAUCGAGGUUCAAAUACAUAUUUAAAAAGUUCUACUGUUAUAACAUUUCAAACAACAAAUACUUUUUGCAAGAUUAGAAAUUUUUAUGGGGUUCAAUUUUGGAAACAAGAAUUUGCCUGGAAUUUUUAUUGAAAUAGUUUUAGUUAUUUAGAGUUAUUUUUCGGUUUACGCCUGUUUUUAUGUUAUUCAUAAAAUAUGUGUUUUUUUCCAAGACUAAAAUUAUAUGCGUUACAUAUAAAAGAAUAUGCUUUACUAGUUGCAAAUUUGAAAUGUAAGCAAGUUAACAUGCCAACUUUUACUCUUCAAAAUUUAAAUAAUAAUAAUAAACAUCGUUGAUUCAACAAAUAUUUCAAUGAAAAUUUAAAAAACAAGUUUUAAAAUUCACAUAAUUUAAUUUAAUAUUUCUUUUUAGGUUGCACAAGUUUAAACUUGCGUGUGUAUUACUGUGUAUUACUGUCUAAUACUGAGCUUCUUAUCCUAAUAAAUGAAGUUGAAGUUCAUGAAAUCUUGAUAUUUGAUGUCUUUUGAGAUUUGAUCAUUCUUUGAUAAAACUAUUCAAUUAU